AUGACAUUCAAAUUCGAAGAUAUUCCAGACCUCACCGGAAAAGUAUCGAUUGUAACUGGCGCCAAUACGGGCAUUGGAUUUAUUACUGCUAGAGAGCUAGCUCGUAAGAAUUCUCACGUGUUCGUUGCGGGUCGAGACAAAGAGAGAUGUGAAACUGCCGUAGAUAAGAUAAAAGAUGAGACGGGCAAUAAUAAUGUCGAAUAUCUACCGUUAGACUUGCAAAGUUUAAGGUCGGUUAAGAAGGCAGCGGAAUCGUUUUUAAAUCGAAAGUUACCUUUGCACAUUCUUAUUAAUAAUGCUGCAAUAAUGACGACGCCGUUUUCUUUGACAGUUGAAGGUAUCAUGGACCAAUUUGGAAUUAAUCACAUUGGUCAUUUUUACUUUACGAAAUUACUUUUACCUACAAUUGAAUCGUCGGCACCUUCUCGAAUUGUUAACAUUAGCAGCAAAGGCCACACACGCGCACCUGAUUGCGGCAUAGAUUUUGAAAACUUGAAUAAUCCUGAAGCGUACGGUCCAAUGUCGCGAUACGCUCAAUCAAAACUGGCGAAUAUUUUGUUCUCGUUAGAACUUAAUAAAAGGCUCGCAGGCAAAGAAGUUUACGUGAAUUCUGUUCACCCAGGCAUUGUAAAAACCGAAUUAACCCGCAGUGUGGAUAAAGCUUGGGGUAUAUGGACAAAACCACUCGUCGGACUUGCUAAAUUGUUAUUCUUUGUUUCUCCCGACAACGGUGCGUUGACACAACUUUAUUGCGCGACGAGUCCUGAAAUUGUUGAAAAGAACCUGCGUGCAAAGUAUUUCGUACCGUAUGCACAAUUGGAAGAGCCUACUGUACAGGCAAAAGAUGAGGAAUUGGCUCGUAAGUUAUGGGAAUUUUCCGAAAAUUUUGUUAAUGAAAGAUUGAAGAAGAUUGAAGAGGAAGAUAAGGCAAAAUAA